AUACUUCAUAAUUUCGCAACUCUCCAUUUUAUCUAUAGAAUGUGGCCAAUUACUAAAGCCACGUCUAAAAGCAAACAUAGUUUCAAUAUAGAUAAACAUUCAGAAGCUAAUAUAACUUGCUAAAUUAUUCCCAGCGAACAAUAGAGCCUUCGUAAUUAUCAUCGUUAUCUAGCUGGCUUGGAUGUGAUUAGCUUUCUAUUAUCAAAAAUGAACAUAAUAUUUGGAUGUAGCUAUUAUAUACUUUUUUGUCAAGUUUCUAUUCCGAUGUCUAUCAGUAAAUGCAGUUAUCAGUUUCUCAUCAACUCACAGGGAAAUGAUGAUAGUGUUUGUUUAUGACACAGCCCGUUGUCGGAGGGAGGAAGAUGACCCUGCAGAGGCAGUUGUUUACUUUCAUCCUGCAUGGGUAUCGCCUACGCAAAGACUGGCACUCGCCGGUCAAUUAAUGGGUGUUACUCAAUUUAUAAGCACCUCAUUUUCACCCCCACGAAUAAUUGCUCUUCAAGGUGGAAAAUUUGUUUUGAAAAAGUUAGGACAAUAUGUACUUGCGGUUGGAACGGACAGAAAUAUUCAAGACUGGGUUCUAGAGAGACGAGCUGAUACCUUGGAGUCGACGUUAAAAUUCUUCCAUCGAGACUUGGAAACUAUCUCGGCAUCAUUAGGGGGUGACAGAAAUAGGUUGACCGAAAAACUGUAUCAAAUGUUCGAAACUUACCUUCCAAUACUGCAAUAUGGUGCCAAUUUGUUCUCUAAUCUUCCAACUAUCAAAUUUCCCAAGAGUGCCAGUAACGUUUUUCUGGAAGCCAUCCAAGUCCUACAAUAUUGCCAGGAAACUAACGGCAUUCUUGGUGGAGCUUUAUUUUAUAAUAACAAAGUUGUAGCUACCCAGCUGAAUGCUGAACUGACCAAACAAAUAAUUAUUACUGAUCCGUAUCGUAUCAAGGCUCCCGCGGAAACCUUAGGAACGGGACUUGACCUGCCAGUUGGUGUUCAACUAUUGCGAGUCUAUAUUCAACGAAAACAACUUACAGAAUUAAAACAGAAUUCCUCUGCCGAACGAAUCCGUAAUUCGCAUGUUGAUUCUGCCUCAAAAAAAGUAACGUUGAAGAAGAACUUGUCGAAGAAUAACAUCAAGGAUUCCUGUGUAUCGGGAAUGAAACGCGACACAUCUCGGAUAUUCACAGUUCCAGAGGAAGGGGAAUUGGACUCCUCUCAGUACAGUAACGGAGCACCAUUUUGCCCUCCUUUACCAGCUACAACGUACAGUUCGCCAGCGAAACGGAAGCAAGAGAUCACAACCACAGAUCGUCCCAAAGCUGUAAAUCCUCAGACCCCUAGUGUGUGUUCUACGCCAUUAAAGGAUGUGAACAGAAUGCUUCAUGGCACCGCAGUAUCGAUUUGUAGUGCUGCCGAGGAUCUAGACUAUAAAGGGGCUAACGAAAACCAAGUGAUGGACGCCGGAGAUCCUAAUGACAUUCCAGACCUUGUCAAGGAGGCACUCAGGUGUAAGAGAGUGAAUAAGUUGAAAAAUGCGCCUCCAAAAGAGAAAUUAGAAAAAAGUGGAGCUUUGGAUAGAAGAAGCAUGAGUUUGCCAGACCUCACAGACUCUUCGAGCAAACAUACGAAUAGGGUAUCUCUAAGAUAUUAUAGUAUAGGACUGCCAAAGUUGAAUCAAAAUCUGCAAUUCGAUUACGAGAACUCACCUCAAAAGAAAUUACCUCCUGGAAAGCAAUUCUUCCAUACAAUCACAGAUCCUUGUUAUCCAGUAUUCAGAUGCGAUGGCUUGCCAGUAUCCAAAGCUUUGUAUGACGACUAUUUAGCCACGCAUUACCAAGAACUUAAAUCUGGCUUUAUAGAUAAGACAUCCAAUGAAAGUGGAGAUUUUUUUAAAAACUUUCCUCAGAUUGAAAACGGGAAAGCUACUGUAAUACAAGGAUUUGACUGCCAAGUUGUUCCAAUGUCGGAAAGUCCCAUAACUUUCGACUCUGACGUACCCACGGAUAAAAAGAGCAAACAGGAAAUGUAUCGUCGGUCCAUGAGCCUGCCUCUAAAAUCUCUGAAUGCCCCUGAAGAAGAGGACAGAGAGAAAUCAAAUUCAGAGGGUGGUAGCAUAUUUGAUUUACCUCAAAAAAGAAAACUUGAAGGAUUGCAAUUAACUCCGUUAAUGUCCAAGCUCAGUCUACUGGCUGAUGAACGUACGAGCGGUUUUUGCAGUAGGGAAACAACUCCAAGUGAAUAUCGUGACCUAUCCAGUUUCUCUACAGCCGCUAAUCAGUUGAUUAAAAAUAAACUAGAUGCCGUAAGUAAUGAUGAUGAGAGCGACGAAGAAGACGACCUUGAUCAGGACUGGAUAUCUCCGAAAAAAGAAGACUCGUCCCUUGAGAAAGUUGAAUUGUUUCUCUGUGGCCAGCAGAACAUGGUUUUAGUGUUACUGAUGGAAGAGAAUAUAGGCAACAACAAAGAUCUCGUUCAUUCUCUAUGGCAAACUUGCGUCGAAGUUCUUGGUAGGCUCGAAUCUAGACUUCAACGUUGUCUGGAACCACUGCCACCGAGUGAGAGCAGGGAACUAUACAGCGUUCUCAGCGUAGAUCCAGAAUGGGACACGGUUCAUCGUGCUGGACUCUGGGGCGUCACGGAGAUAGAAAUUGUUUCCUCUCUUCACGAUAGAUUUAGUCGAGCUAGUAAUUUAACCGAUAUUAUAGUCAGAACCGAGGAUACAGUUGUGUAUGGAUAUCAGUGUGGAAAGGUAGAAAUUUUUUAUCAGCAGGCAAUGGCACCAAACAUGACUGGAGGAUUACCCACGCCAGCGGAUUUAAUGGGUGUGGUGCCUCUGAAGGCUAAACGACGACUUGAGAGAGAUCACGGAAUUGUUUUGUUGUAAACAAGACUAAAUAGUUUUUGCUGAAUGAAAGAAAAAUUCAUAAAGAAUCAAGGGUAUAACGGUAGCUUUACAUUCACGACUGAAUGAUACUCAGAAACUCUUAACUUAUUCCAAUAAGCUGAUAGGUUUUAAUAUGUACGUGAACGACUAAUCCAGAAUUAAUUGGAGCUUAAUUGUAUAUUUCGAAUUCUUGCCAAAAUAAGAUUUUUAUAGGCCAUAUCUUUUAACUAGGAGCUUUGUACAUUAUUAUUGAUUCAAUUUAUGUCAAUUUUAAUUCCUUCUAAAAAUAGAUACUCGUGAUUAAUUUAGUUAUCAUCGAGCAUUCAUAAUAAUUGACUCAGUUGUAUUUGAAUUAUAACUUGAGAAUAAACACAUGCCAGAAA